AAAACUUUUUGAAGAGUACGAACAUGGAAUUUACGGGGUGAACACGAAAGCAGCAGUGCCAUAAAUUAUUUAGCAUUCCAAAAUGACGGACCCAACAACGUCGCCAGAGGACCACUGGAAACAGACAGAUGGUGCUUUCAGCGACAGUGGCUUUGACCCUAUAGCUUUCUUUGCUGAAACAACCAGAAAGGGUUCGGUGGUGUCCAGGGCCAACAGCAUCGGCUCAACAAGUGCCUCUUCCGUUCCAAAUACAGAUGAUGAAGACAGUGACUAUAGACAUGAGACAUCAUAUAAAGACUCGUAUAAGGAUCGACGAAGACAAGCGCACACACAGGCUGAGCAGAAACGUAGGGAUGCUAUCAAGAAAGGCUAUGAUGACCUCCAGUCAAUAGUACCAACCUGCCAGCAGCAGUCUGAAUUUGCAGUGGGAGCACAGAAGAUCAGCAAGGCUACCAUACUGCAGAAAACAAUUGACUACAUCCAUUUUCUUCAUAAAGAAAAGAAGAAGCAAGAGGAGGAAGUCUCUGUACUGAGGAAAGAAGUGAUGGCACUGAAGAUCAUGAAAACGAACUAUGAGCAUAUAGUGAAGGCUCACCAGAACAACCCGCAGCAAGGAGAGGAUCAGGUGUCUGACCAGGUCAAGUUCACCAUCUUUCAGAACAUCAUGGACUCCCUGUUUCAGUCUUUCAGCAGUACUGUUUCGGUGAACAGCUUUCAAGAACUCUCUGCAUGUGUUUUUAGCUGGAUUGAGGAGCACUGCAAGCCACAGACGCUGAAGGAGUUUGUUGUUGGGGUCCUCCGGCAACUCAAUGUUCAGCUUUACUGAUCGAGUGGUACCUCGGGGCUUGAACUCCCAGAAUUUGACUUUGGGUUUGCUUUGGCCUCUCAGGGUAGAGUAUAAAUGUCAAUCAGCCUUCAGUCGGCCACCGACAGUAUUUACACUCAGUUAGCUCAUCUGUGACUCCCUGGAUGUAGCCCACUCUGGGCAGAGAUGAGAAGUUGCAAUGGACUGAGCAGUUGUAUGUUUAACAGAGAUCAUGUUCUCAUUGUAAUUGUACAUACAUAUGAGUAUAUGUCUACCCCUUCUGUUUAUAUUUCUUACUGUUCUGCUAAAAAAAAAAAUGCAAGGGAAACACAAGACCUCAGAGUUUGCAAAUCAGCAUGUAUGUUAAAUGCAUCAGGCAGGCCAAAUAUUGUAGUGUGCAUCAUGCUGUAGUUACUGUCUGCAGUAACAGGAGCUGUCCCUUAGCAUAACAGAGGUAACAUCAAGCUUAGGUUUGCAUCCUAAUGCUGAACCAGAGGGCUCUUCUCAGCUUCAGUGCAAAUGUGUGGAGUCAGUCAUACCACUCCUGAACUGUAGCAGACAAUGGAAAAUACUCCGCUGCUAUACUACUGCAGGGUAACUGUCACUGCCUGUGUUAUCAAAAGCACACUCUGUGGUGCUUCGACAUAUCACAAACUCUUCUGCAUGUUUUAUAACAAAACUGAGAUUUUUAUUAAUGCAGCUGUGAUCAGCUGACGGGGAUGCUGAAAUUUCAUGGGUGACAGGUGUGGGCAGCAUUUGUGAAUCAUUCUUUAUACACAUUGACUGUGACAGUAAUUGAGCACAUGUGUUAAGAGUCUGUUUAAAUAUAGGCAUUUACUCAGUUGCAGUUCUACAUGUUGCUCUUAUUUCAGAGGAUUUUAACCCUCAUGCAUUCCUUUAAAAAUUACCACACAUAUGUACCUAAAUGCAAAUUAGUAACCCCUUAGAAAAACAGCUCUAAAAAUGUCAUAAAUUCAUUUUUUUCCACUUUAAUCUGGCCAAUCUUUUAAAACUACUUGUUCCUGAAAUAUACAUAUCAAAUAUGAAUGAUAUUUCUGGAAUUUUUAACCCUUUAUAUGCC